CUGCAGCCACUGCCGCAGGGCAGCGGAAGUUUGAGCGUCGCGGAGCGCGCGAGCCGUGACUCCUCCGUGGGAGCUGCCUCACAGCCGGACCCGCCCCGCCAUGAACCUGGAGAAUAAAGUGAAGAAGAUGGGCUUGGGCCAUGAGGAAGGAUUUGGUGCCCCCUGCUUAAAAUGCAAGGAGAAGUGUGAAGGAUUUGAGCUUCAUUACUGGAGGAAAAUAUGCCGCAACUGCAAAUGUGGCCAAGAGGAGCAUGAUAUCCCUUCAAGCAAUGAGGAAGAUCGGAAAGUGGGGAAACUCUUUGAAGAUACAAAAUACACAACCCUCAUUGCAAAGCUGAAAAAUGAUGGCAAUCCCAUGUAUAAACGCAAUGUAAUGAUACUGACCAGCCCAGUGCCAGCCAAGAACGUAACCAUCGAUACUGUGACUUAUGAGUGGGCUCCUCCUGUUCAGAAUCAGACACUUGCUAGACAGUACAUGCAGAUGUUACCAAAGGAGAAGCAGCCUGUUGCUGGCUCGGAAGGCGCGCAAUACAGGAAGAAGCAGUUGGCAAAGCAGCUGCCUGCUCACGAUCAGGAUCCUUCAAAAUGCCACGAGCUUUCCCCCAGUGAAGUCAGGCAUAUGGAACAAUUUGUGAAGAAGUACAAAAAAGAGGCACUUGGUGUAGGAGAUGUCAAGCUCCCUGGUGAGGUGGAAGUGAGAGCUUCUGAUGAGAAUAACUUGAAAAAUGGUCGUGACAGAGGUACCUCAUCUGCUGUUGGAACAAUGGAGAAGUCCCAAAAUCAGAAAGCAUCUCAAUAUUCCUGCUAUCACUGCAAACUGAAGAUGGAGGAAGGUGACCCAGCUGUCUAUGCAGAACGUGCUGGAUAUGACAAAUUGUGGCAUCCAGGUUGUUUUGUCUGUUGCACCUGCAGUGAACUUCUAGUAGACAUGAUCUAUUUCUGGAAGAAUGGUAACCUGUAUUGUGGAAGACAUUAUUGUGAUAGUGAAAGACCCCGAUGUGCUGGAUGUGAUGAGCUAAUAUUCAGCAAUGAAUACACUCUUGCAGAAGGGCAGAACUGGCAUCUGAAACACUUCUGCUGUUUUGAUUGUGAUUGUGUUUUGGCUGGGAUAACCUAUAUAACAGUGAAUGACAAGCCAGUCUGCAAAUCCUGCUACAUGAAGAACCAUGCUCCGGCCAGGAGCAAGUUUGGAGCAGUCAGUCUCCACCAGAUCACUGAAAGCCAGCAAUACCUUGCAAUCAAGAAGGCAAAUGGAAUUAGAGCUGGAGCCUGAGGAGCUACUGAUUCUGUCACCAGUGGAUUCUGGGGGGAAAAUGGUAAGAUUUUCCCGUUGACUGCAUUUUAUUCUUUGUUCUUGCAAAUGAAUAUAUUACAGUGUAAGUCUGAGCCACAGUUUGAUUAAAUUUUUGUGACUUUUUCCCCAGAAAUCUGGGCUAUAUUUCUACAAAUCAUUGAAAUUCGCACAUACUUCUUCUUAAGAAAUUAUUACAGUGGGGCUGAUCUAUGAACUAUUCCAAACUGUCUACAUCACUUCCAGGUCUUUCUUUUAAUCACACAGAAAUGUUGUGGUUUUUUUUAAAAUAAAUCUACUGAGGUGACUUUGUUUUCAAGACAUGUAUUUCUACAUCUGAUUUGAGCUGAUGUGGAUACUUGACACUUUUUCAUUUAAAUCACCUUUGUACAUUUCAUUUUAUUCAUUGAUGCAAAUUUAAACGUAAUUUUUGUGUUGGGAGAAGUAACAGAAUUGAAGUAUACUCAUUGAAAACCAUACUGUACUAAUUCUAAAAGGUAAUUCAUUGCCCUGCAGUCUGGUUAGCCUGAUUGGACCCAGAGAGGUCACUGGGGCUCCUUGUGAAUGCAGGAGUCAGUGUGGGAUGCAGGGCUGGGGCAGAAGUAUCUGUUUGCUUUACCUGGAAAAUGGAUUUCAAAUAUUCCUGGGAGGGCUUUCAGGAUCUGCCCACAUGAAUGUGUUCCAUCUCGAAGAUGGAUAAUACUGAUAACACACAGAUGUUGUUUAUUUGUAGAAACCCAUUUAUUAGAUUUUAGAAGUGUCAGGGGUAUACUGAGGGAAAAAUUUUCCAGUGUGGUGCAGCCUACUCUAGGUAACAAGGCAUUUGAUGCUUUCCAUGAGCUGCAGCCCCAACAACUGAAUCACAGAGAGUCUAAAGCAGAUAGAACCGUGCAGAACUGCUUUAUUUGCAGGGCCAAGAGAUUCUGGGAAAAGGCAUCUCUGGAAACUACUUAAGAGCCACAAACCCCACAUAGCAUCUAAGAAAACUUCCAUGUUUUCUUAGCUCAUGGGUUAGAUCUUCUACUGCUGUCAGAACAUGCUCCUCAUAACAUUAUAACCUUGGGACAGUGGUAGUAGGUCACAACAAAACUCCAUUUACACCAACAUCCUGUCUCCAGCAGCGACCACAAGUCAGUGUCUAAGGAAGAGUGUGGGAACAAGGAAAACCUUAGAUAGAUCACUGAAAUGCGUUCUCACCCUUGAGUAAUUUUCAAAUAAAAGUAAAUCCUAAGAACAAUAUGGGUAUGUUGUAGGCUUCAGUUUGGUUUUUAUUGGGUGUUUUUUAAUUUGGUGCUAUUAACUGAUUUCUUACCCACGGGCUUGUCCAGUUUCUUUUUCAUGCUCUGCAAAUUUUAGCAUUCACAGCAUCAUGUGGCAAGCAGUUCACAAGCUGGACUAUUUCAUGAAGGACAAUAAUUGUGCUCUUUGUUACUUAUCAAUAUCCCUUAACCUAGAGACAAAAACAUGGACAAUUGUGGCGGUCCAUUGAGAUUUUUCACAGCAACACUCAUUAAGAAAGUACUAAGCUCUGUAGCUGUUUUAUCGCUGUUGGGCCUUGGGGUUUUUUGUUUAUUUGCUUGUUUUUACUGAUGCCACUUGUGUCCCCUCCCAAGGAGUAGCUGGGGUCAGUUCCCAUCUCUCCUGAAGGCUGCCUCUGUGCCCUCUUGGGCUGUGACCUUAUCUGUAUAACUAAGUGUUGAAAGUACUGGCAGUUUAAUCCCUUAAGUUUAAUUCCACAUUCUUAACAAUAGUUUGCUUCCCCCACCCUUUGCUUAUCUUGUAUAUAUACACAGAAUGGUUCACUGGAAGUGAGUCUGCUUUUUUCUUAGUAUACAGAAACCCCAAAUCCAGAGGAAGGACAAAUAAACUUUCAGGUUAACUUUGAAAUUGUAAUACUUAAAUGAAAAAGAAAAACAAUCUGUCUCCUUC